ACGGACAGCAGAUAUCAGUCGAUCACGAAUAUUUUCUGUUCGCGGAAGCUGCGUCAACAAUCGUUCGAAAUGAAGAUCCUCGUAGUCGUUGCGGUCGUAUUUGCCGCCGUUAUGGUCAAGGCGGACGUAGCCGAUCUCUACUUAGACUUGGUCAAAGACCCGAUUACCCACUGUGCAAAGGAAAAUGGUUUCACUGAGCAGACACCUCGAGAAAUAUUCGACAAGGACCUCAAAUCGGGCCUGGAUGGAUCCACGUGUCUGCUUGCUUGCACGAUGAAGAGAAUGGGCACGAUAAAAGACUCGAAGCUGAAUCAGGAGAACUUGAUCGCAUUCGUUAAGGAAGCGCACUCGAAGAAUCCGGAAAAGAUUCCUGUCCUUGAAAAGGCAGUGGCAGAGUGCAUGGAGAAAGUGAAAUCUAUGCCCGACGAGUGCAAGAUGGCGUUCUCGUACGUCCAAUGUUUCCUGGACAAGCAUUAAUUAUAUUAUUUGUUGUUUCUUGUUCGUUGUUAGUGUUAUUAUAUUAAAUUAAAUAUAAUAAUA